GAAGCAUGGCAGGCUCCAACGUCUACCUCACGCCCCCCAACUCUCAGGGCUUCGCCCCCCACUACGACGACAUCGAGGCUUUCGUGCUGCAGCUGGAAGGCAGGAAGCUCUGGCGUGUGUACCGGCCCCGGGUCCCCGCUGAGGAGCUGGCCCUGACUUCCAGCCCCAACUUCAGUCAGGACGACCUCGGGGAACCGGUGCUGCAGACGGUGCUGGAACCUGGAGAUUUGCUCUAUUUUCCGCGGGGCUUCAUUCACCAAGCCGAGUGCCAGGAUGGAGUCCACUCUCUGCACUUGACCUUGUCCACGUACCAGCGCAAUUCCUGGGGCGACUUCCUAGAGGCCGUCCUGCCUUUGGCCAUGCAGGCUGCAAUGGAAGAAAAUGUGGAAUUUCGGAGGGGUCUGCCCCGAGACUUCAUGGAUUACAUGGGGGCCCAGCAUUCCGAUUCUAAGGAUCCGCGAAGAACCGCCUUCAUGGAGAAGGUGCGGGUCUUGGUUGCCCGCCUGGGGCAUUUUGCUCCUGUUGAUGCUGUGGCUGACCAGCGAGCCAAAGAUUUCAUCCACGAUUCUCUGCCCCCUGUUUUGACUGAUAGGGAGAGGGCACUAAGUGUUCACGGGCUCCCCAUUCGCUGGGAGGCCGGAGAACCUGUAAACGUGGGGGCCCAGUUGACAACAGAAACGGAAGUCCACAUGCUUCAGGAUGGGAUAGCUCGGCUGGUGGGUGAGGGAGGCCAAUUGUUUCUCUAUUACACGGUGGAAAACUCUCGUGUUUAUCAUCUGGAAGAACCCAAGUGCUUGGAAAUAUACCCCCAGCAAGCCGAUGCCAUGGAACUCCUGCUUCGCUCCUACCCAGAGUUUGUAAGGGUAGGGGACCUGCCCUGUGACAGUGUGGAGGACCAGCUUUCAUUGGCAACCAUGUUGUAUGAUAAGGGGCUGCUGCUUACCAAGGUGCCUCUAGCCCUAAACUAGUUUCUUGUUGAUUGCUGGAAACAAGGCAGUAGUGAUUUUCCCCGCCACUGCCACCUUUUUAAAACUCGUGUCCUUACCUUGACAACCAUCAGUGUGCUCACAUUUACCUUUAUGAUUGCAUCGAUGUCACAAAAUUCAGACUGUCUUCUAGGAAGAACCACCUCAUCUAGGUACAAACAUAAAAGCAGAAGUUGGAGUAAAAAAAAGUAACCUUGAUUCCUGAUCACUGCAGAGCACCAAUCUUCAUUACCCUCAGGCUUUGGUGUACUGUGUAGCACUGGCGGUGUUAUUCUGCUUAAGACAUUAGGAAUUUUUUUUUUUUUUUUUAAUUUUCAUCUUUCAUUCGAGUUCUCUUUCAUCAGUUUGGGGAUGAGGGUCGGGAUCAGUAUCCUGUUUGUUAAUAUUAAGUUUGUAUGAACAUUAGAAAAGUUUAUUAUUAAAGUGCCAAAGAAUGUU